AUGCUCACUGCCCUCUUCGCUCUUCUUGCUGCCACCGCCACGCUCGGCGCCCAGAUCCACCCCCGUGGCGACACCCGCUUCUGCCUCCAGGCCACGGACGCCCCGAAGAACGGCGAUGUCGUCUCCGUGAACACCUGCAAUGGCAGCCGCGGCCAGGACUUCACCAUUUCCCCAGGCUCCACCAAGGUCAAGGUCGCCGGCUCAAACUUCUGCCUCGACGCGGGCUCCAGCCCGGGCAACGGCAUCAGGAUGAAAGUUUGGCAGUGCUACGAUGGCCUCCCGGCCCAGCAGUUCUACCUCACCGGCGAUGGUCGCAUCGCGGUUGAGGGCAAGGGCCAGUGUCUUGACCUCACCAACGGCAACCUUGUUGCUCUCAACCCCGUGCAGACGUGGGAGUGCGGCACGGGCAACAACAAUCAGUACUGGACGGUCGGCGGUGGUGGUCCCGGCCCUACUACCGUACCCCCUACCUCCGUUCCUCCCUCGUGCGCGCCGUCCACUGUCACUGUUACGGUGACGCGCGCUGCUGCCAAGCGUGAAAACCGCUACCAGCAUUAA